AUGUCUCCUGUAGAGGCCUGUCCUGUCCUGUCCUGUCCUGUCCUACCGGUGGCACGGAUAGGCAGCAGCGGGCAGGUCGGAAAUAGCAGAUCGCUGGCUGAUGGUAUUGUCAAAAUAGAUACUGUAUGCAGGAGCAAGGAAAAGCACAGCUGGGGAGCCCAUGAUCUGGAACAGGCCGAGAUGUAG